AAAAAAUUGUUUUAAUUUAAAAAAAUGGACGAUAAUGGUGCCACUGUGGUGUUGGACAAUGGAGCUUAUACCGCUAAAUUGGGCUUGGCUUCCCACGAGGAUCCCCAGAUUACCUUGAACUGCAUUAUGAAGGCCAAGGCCGAACGACGGCGAGCUUUUAUAGGCAAUCAAAUCGAUGAAUGCCGGGAUGCCUCCGGUUUGUUUUACAUACUCUGCUUUCAAAAGGGCUAUCUGCUCAAUUGGGAUGUACAAAAGACAGUUUGGGAUCAUUUAUUUAGCCAAGAAGGUUCUGGCAUCUCGUUGGAAGAACGCAAUAUUUUGGUGACAGAACCUCAGUUAAAUUUUGCCAGCAUCCAGGAGGCCAUGAUCGAAAUAUUAUUUGAAGAGUAUCACUGUGCGGGAGUACACAAAAGCACUACCGCUGAAUUGGCUGCCUAUAAUUAUUGUGCCGAAAGUGAGGAUACUUCUAUGCAGACUUUAAAUUGCAUUGUGGUAGAUGUGGGCUACAGUUUUACCCACAUAGUGCCUUUUAUAAGAGGCAAACGUGUGACCAAAGGCAUACGUCGUGUAGAAGUGGGUGGCAAGGUAUUGACCAACCAUUUGAAAGAGCUAAUAUCCUACCGCCAUCUCAAUGUUAUGGAUGAGUCCUAUGUGGUAAAUCAAAUUAAAGAGGACAUUUGUUAUGUCUCGCAAAACUUUGCCGAUGACAUGAAAGUACAUACAGACAAUAAAAAACGUUCCGAAGUGGUAGUGGACUAUGUUUUACCCGACUUUACUACUGUUAAGCGAGGCUAUAUAAGGAAAAAAGAUUCUUCUCAAAAUCCCUUGGUCGAUGAUUCAGAUCAACAAUCGGUUAGACUGUGUAAUGAACGUUUCACGGUGCCCGAAUUGUUGUUUAAUCCCUCUGAUGUGGGCAUACAGCAAGUGGGUAUACCAGAAGCUGUCAUAGAUGCCAUCAAAGAUUGUCCUGCCUAUACACAUCAUGAACUUUUGCGUAAUAUAUUGGUGAUUGGAGGCUCUUCAUUGUUUCCUGGCUUUAUACCGCGCUUGAAAAAGGAAAUUCGCGCAUUGGCUCCAGAUGAUUUGGAAGUUUCUUUAAUAUUUCCCGAAGAGCCCAUAGGUUAUGGCUGGUAUGGUGGCAAAGAGUUGGCCAGCAGUGAGGGAUUUAAGGAAGUCUUGCUAACCAGAGAUGAAUAUGAGGAGAACGGUUAUACAGCUUGUAAUGGCAAGUGAAAAA